AUUUCAUACUAGAGAUUUAUUAGCUAACUAUCUAUUUUCUUCAGGGAUCUUUCAGGUGAAGGUGUAUUUGAAAUCAUUUCUGAUGUGUUGCAGAGUCAAGACAGGAAGAUUGUUUCAGCUGGGACGGAUAUUGUUAUACUUUUUCUUAAUCAGGACCCUAACCUAUUGAGGUCAUAUAUUGUCCAGCAAGAAGGAAAUUCUCUUCUUGGACUUUUGGUUAAAGGAAUGGUAACUGACUUCGGUGAGCAAAUGCACUGUCAAUUUCUGGAAAUUCUGCGUAUAUUGAUGGAUUCUUUCACCAUGUCUGGAGCACAUAGAGAUGUAAUUAUUGAGAUUUUCUAUGAAAGGCACCUUGACUAUUUGGUUGAUGUAAUAGCAUCCUGUUGUCCUCCGAGGAGUAUUACUCGAAGAGCAACUAACUCAGCUGCCGUUGGUAGAAACACUGAAGUUCACCGUAUUAAGCCAGAAAUUCUGCUAAAUAUUUGUGAAUUGUUAUGCUUUUGUGUAGUCCAUCAUCCAUACAGAAUUAAGUGCAACUUCCUUAUGAACAAUGCGAUAGAGAAAAUCCUUACCAUGACUCGCCGAAGCGAGAAGUUUUUGGUUGUUGCAGCUGUCAGGUUUAUGCGUACAAUUAUAUCCAGAAAUGAUGAGCAUCUUGUUCGCCAUGUUGUGAAAUUUAACCUGUUGAAACCAAUAAUUGAUGCAUUUGUUGAAAAUGGGGAUAGAUACAACAUGCUACAGUCAGGAGUACUUGAACUGUUGGAACACAUACGGAAGGAAAAUCUAAAACCUCUUGUUAUCUAUGUUAUUGAGUCUUUCUCGGAUCAGCUUAUGAAGUUUGAACAUUUCGGGAGCAUUCAGGCCUUCAAACUCAAGUAUCAACAGUACCUGGAGAGUGCUGAAACAAGAUUAAGUGCUAGUGUGCCCGACAUAAGAAAGAAGGCAGAAGGAAGAGGUCUUGAGAAGGAAGAGGAAGAUUAUUUCAAUGAGGACAGUGACGAGGAAGAUUCAGUCAGGCGAACUAAACAUGCACAUGAUGAAGAAAGAAAGGCUGAUGUAGCUAAUGGAAGUGAAGCUGAUGACAUAUCCUCAAGGCCUAAAUCUGGUGGACUCGUGGACUAUGCCGAUGAUGACGAUGAGGAUUUCAAUCCACCACCUAAGGAGCCAGAUAGGCCUGCAGAGGAUGAUGAGCUCUUAAAGAUUUCUAGGGUGAAGCGCAAGUCGGUGAACACGGGGGAUGGCAAACAUGCAGAUGGGGAGGUUCGAAAAAGACAAAAGAUAGAAACGAGGAUUACUUGUUCCAAGAUUUCUGCUUUGACUAGUCUGGCUAGCAAACACAAGGAUUCACAUGUCUCGAGCUCUCCAAGUUGCGAGGUCAAUGGUAUAAUGGGGGAGCAUGCUACACAUUCUGUUGAGCAACAACAUUCCACAGACACCGCAGAAACUUCACGACAAAUUGGAGGUGAUUGUAUUAAAGCCAUGGGGAAUUUGUCUAGUGAGAAGGCUGUAAAUACCACCAAAACAAACGAUUCAGAGCCCUACUCAGUGAGAUGACAAAUUGACAAGUUUUCCCCACCCUGGCUUGCCCUGCACCCAACUUGUCAAUGCUUACCAACAGGAAGGAACAAGAACGCGUCUGGCUCUGGCGAAGGCUGGGUACAUUUAAUCUCAAAUCCGAAUGCAUGAUUCGAGGUGAUGUUGUUCUCACUUGUCUGUAUAUCCCGAGUGAACCAUCACAAGCUGUAAAGUUAUUUUUCCAGAAGGAAAGAUAUGAAAGUGAGAAUCGGCACACAUUUUGGUUCAGCAUUGACUCCUGAGUCUUGCUCCUGCAGCUGCACUGUCUUAUUAUAUCUAUAUAUAUGGGCUUAUGGAGGAGCAGUGAAUAUCCACUUUCUCCAUUAUUUCUUUCUAGGAUAAUUGACUGAGAUGUUGCUGUUGUAAAACAAGUAGGAAAGAAUAGUUUCGGUUGAGCUGUGUUCUGCAACAUUUUGUGAUAUCCAUAUCCUAUACAGUUGUAAUUUGUUGGUUUGUAGUUUUGGCUGGAUAAACUUUAUUUUGGAUGAGUAAUCAUAGAAUUAUUUAUUUA